AAACUUCUUGUUCGUCAGUGAUGCCGAUGGUGUGAAUGUUUGUGAGGGAUAGAUUCCUCCCACACCCUCUCUUGUCUGAAAAAUGGACCGGAGCUCUUUCUCUCCGCGAAAUCGGAAUACCCGACCCAAGUCCGAUAUCUACUCUACUUUCGUAAUUCACGACGAUGACGACGCCGAAACUAACCGUCGCCGGAGAGCCGGUAGCGCUGAAGUUCAGGAAGAUCCAUACGCAACAAUGGUCUUCAAAGACAACGGCAACGAUGACGAUGAUGAAGAUUCCUUUCUCCCUCCGCUUCUCAAGCGUCUCCCCAAGGAUUUCGGUGGCGGAGCGUCAAUGGACUACGACGAUGACGAUGAUGAUGAAUCUGGUGAUUUUGGCACGAUGAUCGUGAAAAGCGAUCGGAACCGGCAGCGAGAUCGGUCUUCUUCUGGUUUGACCUCACCGGUAGGCUCCACCUGGAAGACUGGGAGUUCUUAUAAGGCGAAUCCUUUGAAUGGCGAGGAUGAUGAUGAGGAUGACGAUGGUGGUGGAUUUUCAACUUUUGUUAUGCGUUCUACGGUGAAGGCUGGCGAGAGAGAGUCUGUAAGCGGAACUAUGGUGCGAAGGACAGGCGGUAAUGAUGGUGGUUCGACGAUGGAGAGGGCGAUUGCAAGUAUGCAAGGUGUGGGAGAAUUUGGUUUAGGGAAGCAUAGGAAAGGAAGUGGAUCAUCACAGAACGAUGAGGGAAAGCAUCAUUCGGUAACUAAGGUUUCGACGAGUUCAAUCCCUGAUAGUGUUAUCAGAGAGGAUCCUACCAUCAAGUAUGAAUUACUCAAUGAACUUGGGAAGGGUUCUUAUGGUGCUGUUUACAAAGCCAGGGAUUAUAAAACCUCUGAGAUGGUUGCUAUCAAAGUCAUAUCAUUAUCUGAAGGAGAGGAGGGAUAUGAGGAAAUUCGUGGUGAGAUUGAGAUGUUACAACAGUGUAAUCAUCCUAACGUUGUCCGUUAUCUUGGAAGCUAUCAAGGAGAAGAGUAUCUUUGGAUAGUGAUGGAAUACUGUGGUGGUGGUAGUGUUGCUGAUCUUAUGAACGUGACUGAUGAAGCAUUGGAUGAGGGUCAAAUAGCAUAUAUCUGUAGAGAAGCACUGAAGGGACUUGAUUAUUUACACUCAAUUUUUAAAGUCCACAGAGACAUUAAAGGCGGGAAUAUCUUAUUAACUGAACAAGGAGAUGUCAAGCUAGGGGAUUUUGGUGUUGCUGCGCAGCUUACAAGGACUAUGUCAAAGCGCAAUACGUUUAUUGGAACCCCUCAUUGGAUGGCUCCGGAAGUCAUUCAGGAAAGUCGCUAUGAUGGAAAGGUAGAUGUCUGGGCUCUUGGUGUGUCUGCAAUUGAAAUGGCCGAGGGUGUUCCUCCAAGAUCGUCGGUGCAUCCGAUGAGGGUUUUAUUCAUGAUAUCCAUUGAACCAGCUCCAAUGCUCGAGGAUAAGGAAAAAUGGUCUUUAUAUUUCCAUGAUUUUGUUGCAAAAUGCCUGACCAAAGAACCUCGUCUCCGCCCUGCUGCAUCUGAGAUGUUGAAGCACAAAUUUUUUGAAAAAUGGAAAGUUGGAUCCGCUGCAAUGUUUCCAAAACUUGAAAAGGCAAGGCAAGUCAGGGCUUCAAUGGCUUUACAGGCGCAAACUCUUGCUCCAGAUUCAGCGGGGGAUCAGGAGCCAAUGUUAGCUUCCAUACUAAAUGACGAAUAUGGAGAUACUGUUCCAUCCAGACCUCAGAACAUAAGUGCUGAGGAGGCAGCGUAUUUCUCAUCACAUGGAACUAUGAGGAAGCUGCAAAAGGUGGAUGAGGCUGACAAUGGUGAAGGUGACUUUGGCACAAUGAUAGUCCAUCGGGAUGAAUUAUUUAAGACCACACAGGACACAGAUUCUACUAGUUAUAAAACUGCCUUCACCAGCGGCACAGGAAGCAGAUUAUCUGACCCUGGGGUUGAGAGUCUAAAAGUUGGUGACUUGAACACUGCCUCUUUUAGAGGAUCUGGUCCUACUACAGAUACCAUACAAUCAUCUUUACCAUCUGUUAGUAAUUUAACAGAGCAGAACCUCAAAACGAAAGGCACUCAUCGAGCACAAGCUGGAAUUAUGAGGAAUAGUACGCUUAAGAAUGAAACAGUCAGCCGCAAAUUUGCUUUACAAGAUAAGCUUUGGUCCAUUUAUGCCGCUGGUAAUACAGUGCCCAUACCAUUCUUAAGGGCAACAGAUAUAUCACCUAUUGCUCUCCUUUCAGACAAUGUGUUUGGCGGCAUGCAACAGGAUACAAGUGGAACUGGAACAGUAGAAGCAUUGCAAGAACUUUUUAGUGGCGACGGCCAGUGUAAAAAGGGUCGCAGAGGAAUAAAUGAGCAGAUGCCCCUUCCUCCAAGCAUUUGCCAAAGAUUGACGUCUAGUUCUACUUUAAUGAAUUUGGGACAGGCUUUAGCUUAUCAUAAGAUGUGUUACGAAGAUAUGCCACUGCAGGAGUUACAAGCAACGCAGGAGCAGCGAACUAUUCAAAAUCUCUCUGACACACUUAGAACCAUUCUUCGGUUGUAGAUUAUACCUUGCUGCCUCUUUUUUAUAUCCAAAGAUAACAUAACCAUUUUCCUUUGCACGGCUUUAUUAUAUGAUGAUACUUACAUAUCAGUGGCAGUGAAGUAAUAGUUUUUGUUUUUGCUUCUUAGGUGUUUGAUUGUGACUAGUUAGUUUGCUGGUUUGAUUACUCGGUUUCAGUCUAACGUCAUGUAAUACAUGUGUUUAGUCAGCUGUCACAUAUUUAUAUGUAAAUAUUUUGUACCUAGGUCUUGUAUCAAAUGUCAGUAUUUCCAUAUGUUGUAGUCUGUAAUGGAAUUUUUGGAGUAAUGCUACAAAUUUGUCAGCAUCCAUUUUAAUACCACAAGAUGGAGGAAAUGCUUGCAAGUCUAA